AAGAAGAAGACGUUAUUGUUUACAAAAUUCACGUUUUUGUUAUUUUCAAGGAAAUGAUAACGGUACCUUUUACUUGCGCUCUGAAACCCGUUUUCAAAAGCUUGCCUUUUUUUAGGCCCCCAAAACGCCUACCGCGGUUGUCGAACAGGCAAAACGCAGUUUUCCGCUUUUAGUUGCAGACAGUUCCGUGGAAUCGGCCCCUCAGUGAACAGAUCUGCUUCUCCAACCACACAGCAAUUCACCUUUAGUGAAGCUCCUCCCACAGCGAUUCACCAGUAAAUGCUGGAAUAUUUUCAUCGGCCUACAAGUGAAGACAGACUUUAUUAAAGAAAGUCGAAAACAUGACUGAUCCAGAACCCUGCAGAAUAAAACAGGAAGACACUGAAGAAAAAAUAGACCUGAUAGAAGAGAACAAGGAGAUUGAAGAACUGACUGAAGUGGAAGAGAAACAUCAUGUAAAAACUGAGGAAGCAUGCUGGAGUCCCUCAUUGAAAAGAAGAGAUGAAAUAUGUUUCACUUGCUCUCAGUGUGGAAAGAGUUUCUCAUGCAAGCAAAGUCUUGAUAUUCACAUAAAAUUUCAUCUUGAAGGGUUUUCAGAUGACCCAAAAGACCACCUGAAAGUUUAUACAAAGGAGAAGCCUUAUGUAUGUAAUUUAUGUGGAAAGAGUUUUAUUCAGAUGAAUGCAUUUAAAAUGCACCAGAUAAGACACAGCGGUGUGAAGGAUCAUGCUUGCUCUGAAUGUGGGAAGACUUUUUUUACAGAUGGUGCACUGAAAGUGCACCUGAUAGUUCACACUACAGAAACGCCUUACAAGUGUUCACACUGUGACAAGAGAUUCAAACGGUCAAUAUAUAUGAAAAGGCAUGAGAGGAUCCACACUGGAGAGAAGCCGUACACAUGUGAUCAAUGUGGGAAGAGCUUCAGACUAAAAGGAAUCCUUAAUGAUCACAUGAAAAUCCACACUGGAGAGAAGUCUCACACAUGUGGUCAAUGUGGAAAAAGUUUUGCACAAAAAGGAAAUCUUAAAGAACACAUGAAAAUCCACACAGGACUGAAGCCACACAGAUGUGAUCAAUGUGGGAAGAGUUUCAGACUAAAAGGACUUCUUAAUGAUCACAUGAAUAUCCACACUGGAGAGAAGCCGCAUACAUGUGAUCAGUGUGGAAAGACUUUCGCACAAAAAGCAAACAUUAGCAAACACAUGAAAAAGAUGCACACAUGUGAUCAGUGUGGGAAGAGUUUCAGACAUAAAGGAAACCUUAAGAAACACAUGAAAAGCCAUAUUGGGGAGAAGCCGCACACAUAUGAUCAGUGCGGGAAGAGUUUGAGUUGUAAAAUAAAUCUGCGAACUCAUUCUAGAGAAAGACGAUAUAACUCUGACCAGUGCUGUACAAAAAAAGUCAGGGCAGAUUUCCUGAAGGACCACCUGAAAGUUCAUUCAAAAGAGAAGCUUUACGUAUGUGAUUUAUGUGGAAAGAGUUUUAGUCAGAUGGGUGCAUUAAAAAUACACCAGAAAAGACACAGCGGUGUGAAGGAUCAUGCUUGCUCUGAGUGUGGGAAGACUUUUUUUACAGAUAGUGACCUGAAAGUGCACAAGACAGUUCACACUAGAGAAACGCCUUACAAGUGUUCACACUGUGACAAGAGAUUCAAACGGUCAGAAAAUCUGAAAAUACAUGAGAGGAUCCACACUGGAGAGAAGGCUUUCACAUGUGACCAGUGUGGGAAGAGCUUCAGACUAAAAGGAAAUCUUAACAAACACAUUAAAAUCCACACCGGAGAGAAGCCACACACUUGUGAUCAUUGUGGGAAGAGUUUUGCACGAAAAGGAAAUCUUAACAAACACAUGAAAAUCCAUACCGGAGAGAAGCCGCACACAUGUUAUCAUUGUGGGAAGAGUUUUACACAAAAAGCACUCCUUAAUGAUCACAUGACAAUCCAUACUGGAGAGAAGCCACACACAUGUGGUCAGUGUGGGAAGAGUUUCAGAAUAUCAAGUGUUUUUAAAAUGCAUCUCCGUACUCAUUCUAGUGAAAGACUCUAUAACUGUGACCAGUGUGGUAAACAUUUCUUUAGGGCAAGUGCCCUAAAGAGGCAUCUGAAAGUUCAUACAAGGGAGAAGCCUCAUGUGUGUUCUUUGUGUGGAAAGAGUUUUAGUGAGCGGGAUGCUUUAAAAAUACACCAGAAAAGACACAGCGGUGUGAAGGAUCAUAUUUGCUGUGAGUGUGGGAAGGCUUUUUUUACAGAUGCUGAAGUGAAAAUGCACCAGAGAAUUCACACUACAGAAACACCUUACAAGUGUUCACACUGUGAAAAGACAUUCAGACGGUUAGUAUAUCUUAAAGUACAUGAGAGGAUCCACACUGGAGAGAAGCCGUAUCACUGCCAUUCAUGUGGCAAGAGUUUCACUCAAUUAUCUUCUCUAAUCUGUCAUAAAAAAAAGAUGCACGUCUGA